UCUAUCUCUCUUUCACCUCAAAAAUUCCAAACGCCUUCACACGAUUCAUUGUUCUCAGCUCACACAUUUCAAUAUGAACCACAGUCUUCCAAGUCGUUCUCUUGAUAAUAUUCGAUGAAUUAUAUGAAUUGUUCUCAGCUCACACAUCUUCUCUACAUCUCUUCUUACUUUUUUGUAAACUCUCAACUCAAAAAAACAUCCAGCCAAAUGAGAAAUUAUCCUUUCAACUGGGUUAAUCAGAAGCUAAACUCCUUCUCCUUAGACACAGAUCAUCACCAACCACAGAGCUCCAAUAGCGACACUGUUCCACCCAUUGUCUCUUUCUACAAUGAAACGAUCCGACCAAUUCUUGACGCUGUUGAAAACCUCAGACGUCUGAACAUCACCAAAGAAGGUAUCCAGCUUCCAAGCAUUGUUGUCGUUGGUGACCAGUCUUCUGGCAAAUCUAGUGUCUUGGAAUCUCUGGCAGGAAUCAGGUUGCCCCGUGGGCAAGGGAUCUGCACAAGGGUGCCCUUAAUUAUGAGGCUCCAAAGCCACUCUGUUCCAGAGACAGAACUUGUGUUGGAGUAUAAUAACAUAACUGUAUUAACAGAUGAAGAACAUGUGUCUGAUGCCAUAAACACAGCCACUGAAGAGCUUGCAGGGAAGUCCAAAGGGAUUUGCAACAGCCCUUUGACUUUGGUGGUGAAGAAGGAUGGUGUUCCUGAUCUCACCAUGGUGGAUCUGCCAGGGAUAACCAGAGUUCCUGUUCAUGGACAGCCUGAGGACAUUUAUGACCAGGUCAAAGACAUAAUCAUGGAGUACAUCAAACCAGAGGAAACUAUCAUUCUGAAUGUUCUAUCAGCUACUGUUGACUUUCCAACCUGUGAAUCCAUUAGGAUGUCACAGAGUGUUGAUAGAACUGGUUUGAGAACUCUGGCCGUAGUAACAAAAGCUGACAAGGCCCCUGAAGGAUUAAAAGAAAAGGUUACUGCUGAUGAUGUAAACAUUGGGCUUGGUUAUAUCUGUGUCAGGAAUCGAAUUAAUGAUGAGUCCUAUGAAGAUGCUCGGAAAGAGGAAGCUAUGCUGUUCCAAAAUCAUCCUCUUCUGUCAAAGAUAGACAAAUCCAUGGUGGGUGUACCUGUUUUGGCUCAGAGGCUAGUUCGGCUUCAAGCUUCAAUUAUUUCGAAAACACUACCUGAGAUGUUGAGAAAAAUCAACGAGAAGCUAAAUUCUCAGCUUUCUGAGCUAGAAAGCUUGCCAAAGAACCUGACUUGUGCUGCUGAUGCUAUGGCUGCCUUCAUGCAUAUAAUUGGAUUAGUGAAAGAGUCGCUAAAGAAAAUUCUAAUCAGAGGAGAAUUUGAUGAGUACCCGGAAGACAAAAGCAUGCAUUGUACUGCUCGUUUGGUUGAGAAGCUCAACGAGUACUCAAAGGAUCUCCACGAAUGUCCAGGAAGUAACCACACAGAGAAUUUCCUCAUGGAUGAAAUAAUGCUUUUGGAGGAAGCCAAGGGGAUAGGCCUCCCAAACUUCAUGCCUCGCACAGCUUUUCUGGCAUUAUUAAAGAGGAAAGUCGGAGCAAUCUCAUCGAGACCCAUUCAAUUCAUUGAUGAUGUGUGGGACUAUCUGGGGAAAGUGGUGAUCGGAGUCAUAAAUCGUCAUUCAGAACACUACUACCAGCUUCAGAGAUGUACAUGCAGGGCGGGAGAAAAUCUAAUCUUUAGAAUGAGAGAGAAUUCAAAGAAGCAUGUAAAGGAGGCUAUUGAAAUGGAGAAGCUGACGGAUUACACGUGUAAGCCUGAGUACAUGACUGAAUACUAUAAUCUGAUGGCUUAUCAGGCUCAUUUUGUUGCAACUGUGCGUGAAGGCAUUUGUGGAGCUAUAAAUAUUAGUUGUGUUGGAGAAAACAUACAGAUUCGUCAUCUGGGAGACUACAUACAAGUUCUUGAUCAAGCUUAUGACUUGAAGAUGAGAAUGGUUUCUUAUUGGAAGAUUGUGCUGAGGAGGCUGAUUGAUACUAUAGCUCUGCAUCUGCAGUUCAGUAUCAACAGUCUGGUGAAUAAUGAGUUGGAGAAGGAGAUCACUGCUUGUUUUACGUCUCCCAGUUUCGGAGGAAUUGAAAGCUUGUUGGAGGAGUCACCUUCCAUGGCUGCCAAGCGUGCCAUGCUCAGUCGAAGUGUUGAGGUUCUCAAAGAAAGCAAAGAGGUAGUGUCAAACAUUAUGGACGGAAUUUCCAGUGACUGAGAUUAAGUGUUGUCAUGUGUGUGUGUGUGUGUGUGUUUUAUAUUUAUCUAUUUAAUAUCUAUCAGUCUGAAUGUGUUAUCGUCAUAUUUUUCUCUUUUAAUAUGAAGUGAUGAUGUCGUCCCAGUUUUCUCA